AACAUGUACCCGAAUUGCAAAAUGCUUGUCUUUAUUCUGUUAUUUCAGUGGAUAGCCCAUGUUCUGUACAGGUUUGGUGUCCCAAAGAGCUGAAGAGAUCUCCCAGAGAUAUUACAGAACUGGAUGUUGUUCUGGCUGAAUUUGAGAAGAUAGCAGCAAAUUACAGACAAAGCAUAGAAUCAAAUGUUUGCAGAAAAGCUGUCAAUGGCUUCUGUUCUGCUUUCAAGGACCAAAUCACUGAUCUUAUAGUGGAAGUCCAGGAGUUAAAGAAUAUGAAGAGAAAAAAUGCUAAGGUAAUAACAGACAUCAGAAAGAAAAGGCAGCGACUGUUGCAACUCAGAGAAGAGCUAAUUGGAGCUGAACCACAACUGAUAAAACUACGAAGGGAAUAUGCUGAGAUGCAGGAAAGGAAAUCUUCCUUGAGACAGGCAACUGAAUUACUUACUGAUUUAAAGGAGCUACAGCAAGACUGUUUGGAUUAUAGAGAAGAAAACCCAAAAGAAAAAGUGGUAUAUGGAACUUCCAGCCUACCUGCUCUUCUGGUGGAGUCACGGAGAAUUCUAGGAGCAGAAAGACACUUUCAGAAUAUUAAUAUGAAACUGGAAGAGGCUCUGGCUGUACAAAGAGGGAAGUUAUCAAAGAAACAUUAA